AUGAAAGGCUCUGGGCUUCCCCUCUGCCUUAUUUCUGCUGUCUUUUAUCUCUUCUGGACACCUUCUGCCAGGCUGAAGACACUCCAUUUGGGAAGCUGUAUGAUCACCUCAAGUCUUCAGGCAAUUCAAAGUGGAUUUUCGGAGAUACAGGACAGACAACCCAAAGAUGAAAUCAUUGACCUCAGAAUCUUGAGGAAGACUCAGCCUUUGCAAGACACAAAGCCUGCAGGUCAGUGCUGCCUCCUCCACCAUGUACUGAGACUCUACCUGGACAGGGUAUUCAAAAACUAUCAGACCCCUGACCACCGUAUCCUCCAGAAGAUCAGCGGUCUCGCCAACUCUUUUCUUACCAUCAAGAAGGACCUCUGGCUCUGUCAUGUCCAUAUGGCAUGCCCUUGUGGGGAGGAAGCAAUGGAGAAAUACAGCCAGCUUAUGAGCCACUUCAAAGAGCUUCAGCCUCCGGCAGCAGUGGUGAAGGCUUUGGGGGAGCUAGACAUUCUCCUGAGCUGGAUGGAAGAGAUGGACUAGGAAGAAAGUGAUGCUGCUGAGAGUAUUCUGGGCCAAGACUCCCAGCCCUCAGUACCCGGAAGGCA